GGGAAGUGGAAGCCGGCGCUGAGGCGAGGCGGCCGGCGGGGAGCGGGGGAGCUGUCGCCCGUGCCCGCUUCUCCGCGCUGCUGGACUCGUGGCCGGCAGUCCGGUCCCCACUCGCCGCCGCCAUGCCCAUGAAGGGCCGCUUCCCGAUCCGCCGCACCCUGCAGUACCUCAGCCAGGGGGACGUGGUGUUCAAGGACUCGGUGAAGGUUAUGACGGUGAACUACAACACGCACGGGGAGCUGGGCGAAGGCGCCAGGAAAUUCGUGUUUUUCAACAUACCUCAGAUCCAGUACAAGAACCCCUGGGUGCAGAUCAUGCUGUUUAAGAACAUGACGCCGACCCCUUUCCUGCGGUUCUACCUGGAUUCUGGGGAGCAAGUGCUCGUGGACGUGGAGACCAAGAGCAACAAGGAGAUCAUGGAGCACGUUAAGAAGAUCCUGGGGAAGAGCGAGGAGACCCUCCGGAGGGAGCGGCAGGAGCGCGAGCAGCUCUCCCACCCGGCGCACUUCGGGCCCCGGAAGUACUGCCUGCGGGAGUGCAUCUGCGAGGUGGAGGGCCAGGUGCCCUGCCCGGCCGUGGUGCCGCUGCCCAGGGAGAUGACCGGCAAGUUCCAGGCCGCCCUGAGGGCCGGCGCCCAGGACUGAGGCCCCGAGAGCCCCGCUUCUGUGCCCCGAGAGACUGACGACCGCUUUGCAAUAAAAGGGUCCCCUUUACGCA